AUGGAAAAUUCUUCAUCUGAAUUUACACCAAUAGAAAUCAUAGAUAAUGAAACAAAAAUAGCAGAUUUACCAGAAAAUGUAAGGAAAGUCACUCAAGAUCAAGUCUUAUUCGUGAAAGGAAUAACGAAGAAUAUAACGAACGAAGAAUUUAUCAAAUUCUUCCAAAAAUCAGGGAGAAUACUCGCAUAUAAGAUUAAUAAAAACGACACAGGGGCAGAUUUCUAUAUAGCUUACGUAGCUUUUGAGAGAAAACAUGAUGCGCUCGAUGCUUACAAUAAUCUGGAUAGAACACCAUUAAUGGGUAAGAGGAUAAAACUUCUUUGGUCCGAAAAGAACUUCAUAACGAGGGAAAAUUUCGGAGUCCGAAAUGAUCCUCGUAAAGUAGAAAAAUACACUCCUCCUUCAAACCCUCAAUUGCGUGAUAAUAUGGAAACCAAACGAGCUGAAUUACUUAGACUUGUUCAACAUGAAAUUGAAACAAGAUAUAAAAUUAAAGCAGAACAAGAGAGACAAAACCAACUACCUGAAGUACAAUACGAUCGUCCUCCUUCUUAUCAAAAUUACGAUAGGCAAUACCAUGAAAGAAGAGAUAAUUAUAGAAAUGAACGAAGUGAACCAUACAACGACAGAAGAUCAUAUAGGAAUGAAUCACAAGAGUACUCUCGUCCACCUCCACCACCUCAAGAUAGAUAUGAUCGCGAAGAAUAUAGUUAUAGACGUCCAGAAAGAGAAGAAUACAGAAAUUACGAAAGACCACCUGAAAGAAAAGAUAGCCAUUACGAUGAUAGAUAUGAUUACAAAAGACAACCUAGUAGAGAAGAAUACGAUCGAACAGAACGUGAAAGAUACCAUAGACAAGAAUAUCAUCGCCCACGAACAGAUGAUUACUAUAAUUCAGAUAAAGGCCGUCCUCGUUAG